UUCCAUCAAAGUUGCAUUUGGGCCUCGGAGCUAGUUUUAGGGUUGCGGAGCAUUUCAUUCCACACAGAGUUUGUAGGGUCGAGUCGUCUGUGGUUGCGUUACUAGAGCUUUCUUUGCUUGAGAAAUUUCACGCUAUUCGGGGUGUAGAGGCCUUUUUCUUUUCUGUCUCCAAGGUGUUUGAAGAUGUCGCUGCUUCCCAGAGCAGCGCAGGCUGUGUCGCGGAAUGUGACGACAAGGAUGCUGCACUCGAGCGCCCCCGCUUUGAUGACCUCAACCACGCUGAACGCGCCUACGUCGAGCACGACAUCGAAGGGCGGGCCUGGGGCUGAAUUCGUGUUGUCGAAGGUAGAUGCGCUCAUGAAUUGGGCGCGGACGGGGUCUAUCUGGCCGAUGACAUUCGGUCUGGCGUGCUGUGCUGUAGAGAUGAUGCACACGGGUGCUGCGCGCUACGACUUGGAUAGGUUUGGGAUCAUUUUCCGUCCCAGUCCCAGGCAGUCGGAUUGCAUGAUUGUGGCCGGAACUCUGACGAACAAGAUGGCUCCCGCUUUGCGCAAGGUGUACGAUCAGAUGCCAGAGCCAAGGUGGGUAGUGUCUAUGGGUAGCUGUGCGAAUGGAGGAGGCUACUACCACUACUCGUACUCAGUGGUACGUGGGUGUGAUCGCAUUGUACCUGUGGAUAUUUAUGUGCCUGGAUGCCCUCCAACCGCGGAAGCUCUGCUAUACGGAUUGCUUCAGUUGCAGAAGAAGAUCAACAGGCGCAAGGACGUGACGUUGUGGUGGAACAAGUAAGCGUGGUUUCGGAGAAACACCAGUGCAAAGUGAUUCUUGAUAUGCCUUUGUUGGCUUUGAAUGAGCAAAAAAAAAAAGGUAAGACUGCAUUCUGAGGCGCAAUGGUCAAAUGUAGACAGGUUGAGGAGUUUCUUUUAGCAGCUCUGUGCUCUUUAGAAUAUAGUUUUUUGGCUUGCUUGUUAUCUGGAGCGGAUGUCAUGAUAGAAAAGCACACGAUUGGAGACAAGCCGAUCCAACUUGUUUCUGAAAUAAGAACGCAUUUGUUAAUAUGCGAAGCAGUGUUUGAGUGGUAGUGUUUCAGCGGAAGUACCUCCAAGAAUCUGUUGGUUUGAAUGUAAUAUGGUUAGCUGCUGUAUAUGUUUGUCGAAAUGCAUGGGUAUGGAUAUAAUUAUUCGGUGUAGUAGUUCAGCGUAGGGAAUUUGCAUUCUUUGUACGGUUUUAUUGGCAAAUUUCACGGACUAGGAGAAGUUGGGUUGUUAAGGUUAAUAAAGCGAGACUUCUAUUUCCUUA